CUCUGCUUCGCAGUCGUGAUUCGCUCCGCUUCUCUGCGUUGCGUUCCACUUGCUCCCCCCGGUCAAAUCUUCCGUGCACGCGCAAUCGACUGGCACCGUCGUCCCUGCAUGUCCUGAAGGGUUGCCAACUGCGCACUUUUCCUGCCCACGCGUCCUUCAGGACGCUCGGCUUUGCGGUGGUGGUCACAAGUUCGGCCAACGCGGGGAGGGACUAUCGGAGUGGCCGUCGGGCGCGCGCGCAAAUGUAGGCUCCAGACACACAGACCUCUGGAACGUCCAGGCCAAACAAAUCCUACGACAUCAGGCCAGGCAACUCCGACAUCUUCGGUUGCAGCCGAGGCUGCGGCGCAAGGGCAGCCUCGAUGAACCAGGGCCAACGUUUGACCCCAUGGGGCCCUCCCGUUGAACGUUUCGAAUGUGGUGUGCUCUCUUCGAGCGCUGCGGUCCAUGAUCACUCGAGCACAAAGACAGAGGAUCAACAGCACGAUCAGAAGGGAGAAAUCCACGUGACCUGGGACCACCUUUACACUCUCAUCGUCUCCUGGAGUUGGUUCAAGCUGAUCAAGAGGAUUAGGCAUGACGUCGAUGAGGGGGAGGUUGAGGCGGCGGUGGGAGGACCAAAAGACACCGAUACUUUCCGAACCUCACCCAAGGCGCGUCGUUGACUAGAAUUCCGAGGCGAAUCCGGCCGUGGCGACAAGGGCCCCCCAGGAGGUCAAGGAGGGCGAGAACGAGGGAGGAGUAUCGAUGUUAGUAUGUGUUUCUUCUUUGAGAUGGCGACGCUGCUGCACUCACCGCCACCACUGGUCGUCGCCGUAGUAGGUGCUGUAGCCGCCACCGUAGUACUUGCGUCGCCUGUCUUGGAUCCAUGCCCGUCGUAGCUCGGUGACGGGGACGGCGAUGACCACGGGGACGGUGAUGACCACGGGGACGGGGACGGAUUCCACGGGUCCCAGGGCGUCGGGGACGGGGCCCACAUGUCCCCGGUGCAGCAAGUCCUCGCGAUGACAGGCUUCCCGUCAUCAUUCGUGAAAUAUUCCUCAUACUUUGUCCCCGGGCACACAGAAUUUGGAAAAUACCCUACGCCACCUCUCCGCUCAUAGACCCAGCAGAUACUAUUGCCAUAGCAAUCGAAUUUGAACACGGUCGACGAGGUUCCAAACUGGCUCGGCGCCCACGAAUCUAUACUGCCAUCUCUGGGUAUAUUGCGGCAGCCGCAUCGCAACAUCUGCCUCCUGCAUACCGAAGGCAUGUCGCUCGACGCUGACUGGAAUAAGCUGGCGUUCAUGGUGCCGUUCCUGUGCUCAAGGUCGCUCGUCGCUGACUGGAGCAAGCUAGCGUUCAUGUUGUUCGUGUGCUCUGCGGGGUCGGUGCGCGCGCCUGCUCGGGGCCGAGGCUGCUGUCGGCGUCCGCUUGCCCCGCUGAUCGAGCGGCUGGCAGAAGCUUACGCCUCGACUGAAGGAGCUCCACCCUCAGCGUGUCCAUCGUAGGCCUCCUCGACCGCCUCGACGUCUUCUGCGGCACACACUUCCUCGCGGCCGCAGCUCGACCCUCCGGCGGAGCCCGCGCUGGAGACGGCCGCGACCAACAGGACCGCACGGGCCACCGCGCGACCGUGGCGCGCCAUCGCGCGCUCGGCCCUGGGACGCUGGCAACGACCCGCAGGCUUCACUGGGGCAGAGAUCUCGGGGAGUGUUAACCUCGGGCGCU